AUGGAUGAGGAACUACCACGUUUCUACCGGUCCAAGGAUCUCAUAAAGGAAGCUAUCCUUGACAAUGACUUUAUGAAGAACUUGGAGCUGUCGCAGAUCCAGGAGAUUGUGGAUUGUAUGUACCCAGUGGAAUAUGGCAAAGACAGCUGCAUCAUCAAAGAAGGAGACGUGGGGUCACUGGUGUAUGUCAUGGAAGAUGGUAAGGUGGAAGUCACCAAAGAAGGUGUGAAGCUGUGCACCAUGGGUCCAGGAAAGGUGUUCGGAGAGUUGGCAAUUCUUUACAACUGUACCCGGACAGCUACCGUCAAGACUCUUGUGAAUGUGAAACUCUGGGCCAUCGAUCGACAAUGUUUUCAAACAAUCAUGAUGAGGACAGGACUCAUCAAACACACCGAGUAUAUGGAAUUUUUAAAAAGUGUCCCAACGUUCCAGAGCCUUCCUGAAGAGAUCCUCAGUAAGCUUGCUGAUGUCCUCGAAGAGACCCACUAUGAGAAUGGGGAGUAUAUCAUCAGGCAAGGUGCCAGAGGGGACACGUUCUUUAUCAUCAGCAAAGGCACGGUAAAUGUCACUCGGGAAGACUCACCAAGUGAAGACCCGGUCUUCCUUAGAACUUUAGGGAAAGGAGACUGGUUUGGAGAGAAGGCCUUGCAAGGGGAGGAUGUGAGGACAGCCAACGUAAUCGCUGCAGAGGCUGUGACCUGCCUGGUCAUCGACAGAGACUCUUUCAAGCAUUUGAUUGGAGGACUGGAUGACGUGUCUAAUAAAGCCUAUGAGGACGCAGAAGCUAAAGCAAAAUACGAAGCCGAAGCCGCUUUCUUCGCCAACCUGAAGCUGUCUGACUUCAACAUCAUCGACACCCUUGGAGUCGGGGGCUUCGGACGAGUGGAGCUGGUCCAGCUGAAAAGUGAGGAGUCCAAGACGUUUGCCAUGAAGAUUCUCAAGAAACGCCACAUCGUGGACACCAGACAACAGGAGCACAUUCGUUCGGAGAAGCAGAUCAUGCAGGGGGCUCAUUCCGACUUCAUAGUGAGACUGUACAGGACAUUCAAGGACAGCAAAUAUUUGUAUAUGUUGAUGGAAGUGUGCCUAGGUGGAGAGCUCUGGACCAUUCUCAGGGAUAGAGGUUCGUUUGAAGAUUCUACGACCAGAUUCUACACCGCGUGUGUGGUGGAAGCCUUCGCCUAUCUGCAUUCCAAAGGAAUCAUUUACAGGGACCUCAAGCCAGAAAAUCUCAUCCUGGAUCACCGAGGCUACACCAAACUGGUUGAUUUUGGCUUUGCAAAGAAAAUAGGAUUUGGAAAGAAAACAUGGACUUUUUGUGGGACUCCAGAGUACGUGGCUCCAGAGAUCAUCCUGAACAAAGGCCAUGACAUUUCAGCCGACUACUGGUCACUGGGAAUCCUAAUGUAUGAACUUCUGACUGGCAGCCCGCCAUUCUCAGGCCCAGACCCUAUGAAAACCUAUAACAUCAUACUGAGGGGGAUUGACAUGAUAGAAUUUCCGAAGAAGAUUGUCAAAAAUGCUGCUAAUUUAAUUAAAAAACUAUGCAGGGAUAACCCAUCGGAAAGACUAGGGAAUUUGAAAAACGGCGUCAAAGACAUUCAAAAGCACAAAUGGUUUGAGGGCUUUAACUGGGAAGGCUUAAGAAAAGGCACCUUGACACCUCCUAUAAUACCAAGUGUUGCAUCACCCACAGACACAAGCAAUUUUGACAGUUUCCCUGAGGACAGUGAUGAACCACCACCUGAUGACAACUCGGGCUGGGACAUAGACUUCUAAUGUAUUUCUCUUACCUGCUUCUGCCUUGCUGAAGUCAGCUUUCUCUGAGACACGGCUGACAGCAAACCUGAGGGACGGAGAGAAGAUCAGUGCUCGGGGUCACCAUGAUGCCUUUGAUCGAUGCUGCUCCAGUAACUACAGUGGCAUGAGGACUUCUUGCUUAGACGACAGUAGUGCUCUUUACAUGUUUUCUGUUUGAUCCUAAAAAUAGCAGUUGACAUGGUGGUCCUGAAGCAAAGCCCUUCGCCAGUAAAGAGAGGUUUCCUGUCGUUGCAAUGGUCUUGCUUUGCUCAGACUGUAAUUUGAAAGACUGUAAGAAAUACUUCAACCUAGAAAAAGAGUCCGUACCUUGCUAGGAUGGCCAAGAUCAAAAAAUAAUGUGUGGGGUACGAUCGGUUGCCGUGGUACCAAAACGGGGCUCUUCCUUUCCUUCAAGGGAGGCCGUGGGAUCUAUUAGCGCAAGCCAGUGUCUAUACCAUACGGAAGAGGGCCACGCGUCUAUGGGUCACGGCGUUCAUGUCAAACCAGUGCUAGAAGUUUCCUGAUUUUGUUUCCCAACAGUGCUGAUGACGAGGCUGAAUGUUACCUUUCCUUUCUGACAGAUUUUAAAAAUCGAUACAAUCAAAGCACAACUGCUAUGAAGCCUCACGGCAGGUAUAUAUGCGUUUUCACGGAGGAUU